AUUAUAAUAUUUAUUAUAAAUAUUAUCUCUAUAUAAUUACUCGCAAUCGCUACUCAUUCUCUCAAAGCUCUUCUCAUCACUCUCACCUUCUUCCUUCUCGUCUCAAUUUCCAUAUCACCUUUCUCCAAUUGGAUUGAAUUGGGGAUGGACAUAAUGGAUCGACUAAAUUCUUCUCCGCGGCUGAUGCUUGUUUCGGAUCUCGAUCACACGAUGGUUGACCAUCAUGACCCUGAGAAUAGUUCACUUUUAAGGUUCAAUGCGCUUUGGGAAGCUCAUUAUCGCCAAGAUUCUCUGCUGGUGUUUUCAACUGGGAGGUCGCCUACACUCUACAAACAACUGAGGAAAGAGAAGCCUAUGAUAACUCCUGAUAUAGCUAUUAUGUCUGUGGGGACUGAGAUUACUUAUGGGAGAUCAAUGAUGCCUGAUGAUGGAUGGGUUCAGUUUUUGAACCAGAAAUGGGAUAAAAACAUAGUCAUUGAGGAAACAAGCAAAUUUCCUGAACUUAAGCCUCAGGCAGAAACAGAACAACGGCCGCACAAGGUCAGCUUUUAUGUUCAGAAAGACAAGGCUCAGAGUGUAACACAGGCUCUUUCUAAGGUUUUGAAAGAGCGCGGGUUGAAUGUUAAAAUAAUAUACAGUGGAGGUAUUGAUUUGGAUGUAUUACCAAAUGGUGCUGGCAAAGGUCAAGCUCUUGCCUAUCUGCUCAAAAAGUUUGAGACCGAGGGAAAGCCACCACUUAACACUCUUGCUUGUGGUGAUUCUGGAAAUGAUGCCGAGCUGUUCAGCAUUCCAGGAGUGUAUGGAGUCAUGGUAAGCAAUGCCCAAGAGGAGUUGUUGCAGUGGCAUGCAGAAAAUGCAAAAGAUAACCCCAAGAUUCUCCAUGCCUCAGAGCGUUGUGCAUCUGGCAUAAUAGAAGCUAUAGGUCAUUUUAAGUUAGGCCAAAACCUGUCCCCAAGAGAUGUUUCAGACAGUAGACAAGAAAAUUUAUCUCCAUAUCUUGAAAUAGUGAAUUUUGCUUUGUUAAUUGAAAAGUGGAGGCGUGCAGAAGUUGAGAAUUCCGAGCUGGUUAUUGCUGGUAUAAAGGCAACAGUUUUCCCAUCUGCUAUUCUCAUCCAUCCUUCUGGUUCGGCCCAUAAUACCCGGGAGUAUUUAAAUACGUUCCGGAAGGUGUAUGGUGACAAAAAGGGUAAACAGUAUAGGAUUUGGGUGGAUGAUGUAGUGGCUACACAGUUAGCUCCAGGUGUAUGGCUAGUGAAGUUUGACAAGUGGGAGUUAUGUGGUGAAGAGCGGAAGGCUUGUGCCUCCACCUCAAUACUGAGCAGUAGGGAUUCGGAUUGGUUCAAUUUGGUGCAUGUGCACCAGACCUGGUUGGAAGACUCAGCGCAAGGUGAAUGGUUUCUUUAGAUUGUUCCUAUAGCUUAUCUAAGCUCCCUCCUGGUUGUGAUACCUUCUGCAAUAAAUGUAAUGUCAUCAAUCCAAGGACAAACUAAUUUUUACAUCUCAUAUUUCUAAAGACCUUUCAUCAUGUGAAGAUGUCUUAUUUCACAUGUAUUUGAAAUUAACUGUAUAUUUUUCUGGUGCUUGCAUAACUCUGAUGAGAGUCAAAUUUUAACAUCCCGGAUUGACUAUAGAUCAUUUCAUCCUUUCUU